AUGGAUGGGCUCUUGCUAGGAGCCGGGAUGCUCCUGGGCUCCUACGUCCUCAUCUACUAUAACUUCAUCAAAGCUGUGCCCUGUAUGAGCCCCAUCAACCUCAAGGGAAAGACGGCCGUGGUCACAGGUGGCAACACGGGCAUCGGGAAGAUGACUGCUCUGGAGCUGGCACAGCGUGGAGCCCGAGUGGUGUUGGCAUGCCGAAGCAAGGAAAAGGGGGAAGCUGCUGUUUAUGACAUCCGAAAGGAGAGUGGGAACAAUGAGGUUAUCUUCAUGAUGUUGGAUCUGUCCAGCCUGGCUUCCGUGCGUUCCUUUGCCACUGCCUUCCUGAGCUCAGAGCCAAGACUGGACCUCCUCAUCCACAAUGCAGGAAUCAGUUCCUGUGGCAAAACUAAAGAAACCUUUAAUCUGAUCCUGCGGGUCAACCAUGUGGGUCCUUUCCUCUUGACCCAUCUUCUGCUUCCCCGGCUGAAGGCCAAUGCCCCAAGCCGUGUAGUGGUGAUGGCAUCAGCAGCCCACCGCCGUGGGCGCCUGGACUUCUCCCGCCUGGAUCGUCCAGUCUGGGGCUGGCAGCAGGAGUUACGGGCCUAUGCAGACAGCAAAUUGGCCAAUGUAUUGUUCACUCGAGAGCUCGCCACCCAGCUUGAGGGCUCUGGAGUCACCUGCUAUGCAGCUCACCCAGGUCCAGUGAACUCUGAGCUGUUUCUCCGACAUGUACCAGGCUGGCUGCAUUUGUUGUUGUCCCCACUGGCCUGGUUGGUGCUGAGGACCCCAAGGGGUGGAGCACAGACACCCCUCCACUGUGCCCUACAGGAGGGCAUUGAGCCACUCAGUGGCCGAUACUUUGCCAACUGCCAUGUGGAAGAGGUUCCCACCACAGCCCGUGAUGACCGGGCUGCCCGUAGGCUGUGGGAGGCCAGUGAAAAACUGGCCGGACUGACUAAGGAAGGAUCCCAAAACACCAGCCUGAAACCCAGGUCCCCAUGUAAUCCUUCAGCCCAAGUCGCCACAGGCCCAGCACUCUCUAGGUUCCGAAACCUUUCGCUUCCUUUGCUCUCUGAGGGGCAGAGAACAUAGUAGCCAUGUAGCUAUGGGAUGGGGGACUCCCAUAGCUCCAUUUAUCUCAAUGAAAGGGGGCUCCGAGGUCUGCAGCAGCAGCAGCAGCAGCCGUACAAGGCUCUUAUAACCCAGAGGUAACACCGAGGAGACACCUUUCUAGGUGAGUCCUCACAUUCAUGCCACCUCUCUGAGUCUUGGUUUCCUCAUCUUCAGAAUGAGGCAAGUUGGGUGAGGUGACCUUUAGGUCCCUUCCAGAUCUAGAUUUAUGACCCACCAGCACCUUUUCAGGUAUUCCAGAGCAUAGACUGUUCUUUUAUAUGAGUCCUCCCUAUGAGAGCAGUACUGUAGAGGAGGAUGCUGAAAAAGAGGGUGGCCAUUAGAUGUUUAUUAUACUUCAGGACCUUUUGGUGGUGAAUAGAAAAUUAUUAACCCCUGGAGGUGGAGGUGAGGAGAGAUGAUUAUUGUUCUGUAGAGGCUUUGGGAUGGAGGUGACAGGAGAUAAUUAUUGGACCUCAGGGGCCCUGGGAUGUAGGUGAUGAGAGGUGAUCGCUGGCCUCUAGAGGCCCUAGAGUGGAGGUAAUAAGAGGUGAUCGCUGGCCCCUAGAGGCCCUGGGGUAGAGGUGAUAAUGGAGGUAACAGGAGAUAAUCAUGGGCCUCUACAGGCCCUUAGGUGGAGGGGAUGGUUGACUUUUAUCCCUAAAUUCCUAGAGAUGUAAAUCUUGUGUGAUUUUUCACACUUUCUUCCUUGGGGAAGGAAUUGAGGAGUGACAUUUAUCUCUGGGAUCCUGGAUCCAAAGUGGUAACUGCCUCCACUUGAUGUCAGUUAGCCCCAGAGUGAACUAAUGCAGGAGAGACAAGGCGGGGAAGGAAGGGUUUCUCUUUUGUGGAACCAAUAAAGCUUAGA